AUGGGGCAACAGUUGAGUCACUUGCAGCCAAAAGUGUUGUUCCAGCCAUCGUCCGACGUGGAUGUGGAAUACCUGAGUGUGCCAAAAUCCGAGAACGUGAUUUUGCGCAGCAUGCCCCGGGUUUUGGCGAGUGCCGAGCCGCGAAUUAAUCUGCAGACCCCGUGCGACGGUGCGCAUUGCGGCGGGGUUUUGUCCCUGAGUCAUUUGUCCUUCCCGUCGUCAGGCGGCAGGAUGAGUUCAGAUGUCGCUCUUUUGCACUGCACCAGCAGUCGCAAGCUUUUCCCCUCCACGUGUUUUGGCAUACACUUGGCAUGCGUGAGUCCUGAUUGGAUGCCUACCAGAAGAAGUCUGGAGGAUGAAUCCAAGAGACAAAGCUUACCCACAGAGGGCGCCAGUGGAUCAAGAGACGCUUUGUCCAGGUCAUUCAAGGGAAACUCAUCAGAUGGGUCAAUUGCUCUUGAGGACCUGGAUUUCAUGGCUGUCAAGCCUCUGUUUGCAUUGGACCACACACCUGCCAAAACCAAGGGCUGCAUAGCAAGAAGCGGUUCACAUGGUCAAAGAAGGCGCCCAUCAAAAACUCUCCUGUCAUUAGCCAGCACAGAAGAUGAUGACAUUGACAGCGUUUUUUCUGACAAAAGCCACGUAACCAACCAGCAUCAACAAGAGAGGUUCCACACUUACCAAGCCCAAUCCUUUGCUGAUUUCCGGCGCUGUGUCAGGGAUUUCCAAGAGGAAACCAUAGAAAUCGGCAGGCAGAGAAUAGAGGAAUUGCACAGGAAUACUGAGCCCAUUCCUGCUGUGGAGUCUUGCUCAAGAUCCAGCUCAUGGUUGAAUGAAAUCAUCCACAGGAGGACUCCUCUUGGAGACAGAAUCAGGAAAAACUCUGUUCAGGAUUUGUUGCAAAUCACUGCUGAUGCAGAAAUAUCAAAAUUGACAAACAAAACCCAGAAAAAGAAGCUUCAGCAAUUGUCCAGUGAUCAUCAUGGUUGUUGGGAGCUUCUUCCUUCCAAAACUUCAAAAGCUGAAGAACCCAAUUUCUGGAAAGACAAGGUGACCCUGAGGUCUACUCCAAAAGGACAAUGCUUAUUACAGAAUCCCAGCAAGACUUCUUCUGAACCUCAAACCAUUCUGGAGGUAGGACCUUGGACCAGUCCUAUUCAGAAAUCAAAACCUGCUCUGUUCACCCAAAGGAGGAAGAAUCAACAUGAACCUGCUGUGGUGAUCAAGAUUGAUAGUUAUGAGAACCAUCACCCUUCACCAACACUAUCCUCUUCAUCAUGCCAACUUGACACCAAUCUGCAACCAAUAAGAAAUGUGGAGGAAAGACGGAGUCUCAGGGACUCCACCAGCAAAGGACCCUUUCUUUCCAAAAUCACUCUCAGACGUCCUUCAAACCCAGAGAAACCAGGACCCAUGAAAAGCGUCAUCAUUGAAGAAACUGUGCCAAAUUCAGCAAGUCUCCUGUUGACAAAGCACAACCAAAAGACAAAGGAAUUGAUGAACCUGGUGGACACUGCCCCCAAAAUUGUGCUUGAUGAGAUGGUGAAAGAGGAGCCUAAAAAGGCUCCAGGGAUGCCAUUCAAUGUGAAACUGCGACAUGUUGUGGCUGAGAACAGAGAAAUCAAGGCUGCCAGACCAGUUUCUAUGCCCAGCUUUGCUGUGCUCAAGGCUGCCAACUGUGAUGAUUCUUCCAUCAGCAAAAAAGAAGAAGAUUCUGCAGAAACAGGUGCUAAAGCUCAGGAAGUUCCUUCAGGGAACCAGCCCAAGAGCAUCCUCAAGCGCAGAAGCAUUGAGAAUGUCCUUUUCUCUGAAAAGGACAAUGAAAAGGAGCUGAAAGGAGCGACCUCUACCAUAAACAAACAUGGUCCAAAGCCUCAGCAGCUGAUCUCCAGAGACACAAUAAAGAAGAGAAGUAGUUUCCCAUCUGAAGUAAAUUCAGACCAUCAAGAAGAUUCGUCAAAACCCAAAUCAGCUGAUGAAAAGAGAGUCUCAUGGAUGGAAGCUGUUGCCAUAGAAGAAACUGAUGAUAGUGCAAGUGAAGCUUCAAACUCAAAAAAGCUCAAAACAUAUUUGUUUGGAGAAAACAUACAGAAAUCAACAACCAUGGAUAUUCCACUGGGUAUUCUUCCAGCCAAAAGAGUCAAUCUUCAGGAAACCAAGGAAAAUCCUACUUCUGAAAUUAAUUCUUCACUGGAUACUGCAAAUAUUGUGCAGAAACUGCGAUCUUGUUUCGAACCAGCCCCAAAUUCCACUGUUGAUGUGAAACCUUCUUCAAAAUCAGAUCAGGCUUCAAUAAGGAUUUCAAAAGACCCUCAUCCUAGUAAACCUUCAGAGGAACAUAGUGAAAAACCCGAGGCUUUUUUGAUGGAAUUGCGCAUGUCAAUCAGUGGCUCAAAACAUGCCAAGAUUGAGAAUGAAAACUUGCCCAAGAAUGAUUCCUGCAAUGGACUAGAAUCUCAGUCUCCCUCAAAGGAUAACUCAGCAGACCAGGACACAAGAACAGCACCUGCUCUGUCACUGAUGGAACACAUGGACAAGAUAAGACAAUUACCAUCCAAAGAUUCCAUCAGCAAGUUAAAGUCCUCAGCCCUGCUUUCUCAGUCUUGUCCUUCUUCUCCAAGCUCUGCAAGAAUCAAGGAGCAAGUGAAGCCCAAGUAUGACACCAUACCUGGCAGAAGCUCUGAGCUCCUGGCAAAAAUACCAGCAUCUUUGGUGACACCAAAUGCGCCACUCAGAUUGCUUGAGAGGGCUGAAGUUCAGUCAAGUACAAAGUCUCAAGAAGAGCACUACCCCAGGUCCUUGAAUGACCUGAAAGAAGCUAAGCCUACUGUGAAACUGGAUCUUUCUCCCAAAUUGAAGCCAGCUGAAUUGGACCUGAACAAACCAGAGCUUCCUCAGACCCCCAAGACUCAAAGCACUAAAUCCUCUGGCAGUUUGAAAAGGCGCUCAAGCAACAAAGGAAGUGCUAAUGGGAAACUUUCCAGAGACUCUGGCAAGUCCAGGGCUUGUGCUCCCACCAUUUCCAGCAGUGCCAAAAGUCGUUUGGCUCCUCAGUGGCUUUCAGACAUUGUCAAUAUCAGCAAGGGAAAACAGGAUAUCAAAGGGUUUUCCAGCAGGAAAGAAGUCCCAGUUUAUCAACACCCUCUGAAAGAUGUCAAGAUACCUUCUGUUCAAAGCCAAUCCAGAGGCUCUUCAAAGGACAGAAGACCUGCAAUUUCUAAAACUUCUUCAGCAGAAAGCAAAGCUCAGGACAUCCUGAAAAUGGCUUCAAAAAGGCUGGUCUCACCAAGCUCUUCAGUCCACUCAGCACCCAGCAUUUCUUCAAGGCGCUUUGCAGACAUCAGCAACAAGCAUUCCAGGGUAGAAAGAGAAGAUGGUGGACCAGUCAGACUGAGGGCUUCCAGACAGUCAAACAGUAAGGGUUCUGGAAGAAGAGCUGAGUCUGCCAAUGCCAGGCUGCAUCAUUCACCUAAUCAGCCUGUGGACUCCAGCAGUCCCUACAUGCCUUUGAAGGAUUACAGUGUGCCAAAGACCACCUCAUCAAGACUCACUGCCAGCAAUGAGGGUCUCCUUGAUGCUUGUUCAGACAACUUUUAUCCUUGUCCCAACUUGUUCAGCUUUAGGAAAGUUAGCAAUGGGAAAAGAAAUAUCUCUGUUGCUGAAAAUGAAAAUGGAACACCAUCCAAACUCUUGCCAAUUGUUGAUGAUUCACCACCACAUGUUCUUUCAAGCUCUAAUCAAGGUGAUGACAAGAAAACAUUAUCAAGUCCACCUGAGCUGAAUGUGAGGAAUGGUGACCUCAUCAUAUCAGAGAUUGUGGAGGAAGAUGCAGAUGACAAUGGGUCACCUGUUGGUCAGUCCUCAUCAGCUUUGGUGCCAGUGACCCAGGACUCAACCUCUGGCCCAAAUAGCACCCAGACAACAUCUGGUGGGAACCAGUAUGUCAAAAGAACUGUCACCUCAACGCUGAGUGGGACUCAGACUGUGACAACUGAGGGGGUGAAAAGCAGGGUCAUGGCUGCUCGGGAAGUCCUUUCAGGUGGUCCAUGGAAAGGAGUCAGAGAAGUCAAAGGUGCUGAGGAUAAAAGGUUGACAGUGGAAGAAGUGAGAGACAAAAGUGGACACAAAAUCAGCAGGGUUGUCAUGCAGAGUCACUCCUCACAAACUGGAAGGACAUUACCAAUGCACACCUCACCUGAUUUCCCAAUCCCUGCUCCCAACUACUCUGGUGUGGUGCAGAAUUAUAACUUCAAGAACCACCACUGGAGUCACCAGCCUCAUCAUGUGAGCAACACUAAUAAGAGCCAGGGUGGUGUACCCGUUUUGAUGAACCAGUACCAGCAUCAGCAGAAUCACCAAAUGUGUUCAGCUUUCAAGCCAGUGGAUUCCUUCAACAUCAGCAGCAGCACCGCCAUCAGCAACCCGCGUGGGAGGGCAUCAACCGACUUGUUCCCCUCUACGGCCUUUCUGCCCACAGAUCCCGUCUUCCAAGCCGUCAUGCGUGGGCCUCUUGCUGGUGGCCGUGAACGCCGGGGCGGCGCCGCCGCCAGCGAAAACGGCGAUUCUCAUUGUGUUGGCCAAAGUGAAUCCAGUUCAAGGCAUCAGCUGAUAACUGCUGAUAAUAUGGAGAGGCUGUCAAUGCAUCACAGAGUUCUUCAGCCCCCUGGUGGAGGCUCAAGCAUCUGUGUUGGAGACUGGACACCAGAGACCAAAGAAUCUCCACACCAUCAGCAAAGACAAGUCAAGAACCACAUGCGCUCCAGCAUAGUGGCCUGGGAUGAAGGACCAAGCCCCAACAGUAACCAUAGGGUUCAAAAUAACAGACCCACCACACCAGACCUGGAUCAUUAUAAAAGUGGAGAUUUGCUGUACCCUGAAGAGCCACAGCAUGAUGAUGCAGCUGGAGAUGAUUUCAUCAAUCUGGGAAAACUAAGCAUUGAUCAAGAUGUUGAUCAUGUAGAUGGUGAGGCAGGUGAUCAGAGGAGAGAGGUUCAUAGGGAAGAGACCAGGGAAUCUGUGGAGAUGGAAAAUGGAAGCAUGGUGCACAAGAUGUCCUCCACCACCACUCUGCAGACCUGCUCCAACUCUUCUUUGAAAACCCCUGCUGUGCAACCAGUCACCAUUGCCCACACUACUCACCAAGCAGCAGUGACCAGGACUAGGGUUCCCCCUGGGGGCUACUCAACUAAGCUCUGGUGAAGCCUGGGAAAAACUUCAGAAUUCUGCUUUCCAGCUUCUCAUGGAAACUUAAAUGAGCUUCAUACAUUUUUACUCAACACUCUGACGCAUGGACGCGUUUUAAUCAGCCUUUUUGUGUUCUUCCACAUUUCUUCAGCUGAGUGCAGAUCAGCUAAACUUUACUUCUUUGGCAAA